UUCUUCUUCUUCUUCUUCUCUUUCCAUCUUCUGUAUCAACACCAUGACACUAUCAAAUAUAUUUCUUUUGAUAGACAACAGAACAGCACGCUACCCCGCUCUUCCCCAGUCACGAUCAUGCACAAAAGAAAUACAUCUUCAUGCCCUGAUGAUGAGGAUCAACUUUGUCGUUUGAUUCGUCCCAUCGAUAAUUAUAUUGCGGUUGACGUCUAUCCCUUGAGCAAAACUCUUGACUGCUAGAGACACUACAUUCCAAUUCCAGCGAUGUGGACAGCCCCAGAUCACAAGUGUUUCGAUGGGCCAGUCAUUUAGAUCCCGUUCAUCUACGCGAAAGUCUCUGGCUACAGGCGAGGAAUGCAUCCUCAUUGGAAUGCAUUCCAUCUGCCGACAAUCUCAUCAUGUUACUUCUUCCUCAGCCCUUCCACUCAUCCUUACUAUCCAUCUCCAUUUUUCUCAACCAAAAUUAUCGGUAGCUCCGCCAGAGCACCAGUCCUGUCUUUACAGAUACGCGUUGCAUUUGGAAUUUCUGUACUUGUCAACUCUUUUUUUCCACUUCGUCACGUCUCAAGUAUCGUUACGCCGACGCGCUCUUACCUUUUAAAGAUCCUCGAAUGACGCGUUGUCCCAUUGUUGGACAUUGAAUCCCGAUACCCGGGAAGUCAGCUCCAGUUGUGAUCCUUGUUGCUGGGACGGCUGAUGGCCACGAUGAAAACAUCAUCAAUGGAGGAAACGAGCAUGGUAGCACGGGAUAUGAACACCCAGUAUCCUGUUGGAUCGACAAACUUGUCCCUAGGAGCAAUUAUAGGAAUUGCUGUGGGAGGAGCGAUUCUACUCUUUGUGAUCUUGGUCACAAUCGGUGUUAUGCAUAUCAACAAGAAGCAUCGUCGAGAAAAACAAGAAUUUGCGGAAGCGAACGAAGAUGGGCAUGCCGUCAUUGAGAUGAAAUCCACCAAUCGAUCAUCAAUGCCACCGGAGAUCAAAUUGAGUCGACGACUUUCUCUCAACUCUUUCCUGCUCCUUCCCGAAGAUGGUGGCCGAAAAGAAUGGGCCAGACAAGAUGGUCUACAGAAGCCGCCAGUUGUGAAAACCAAGCCUGCCCGAAGAUCGUUCUUUCGAACAUCAAACGUGAGGGACUCAUGGCCGUUAAACACGACUUUGUCCUCAGGAUUUGGGCAGCCAUCCGUAGUACAGAGCCCGGUUGCACCGCCCGGGUAUGUGAUCCAGGACCAGAGAUGGCCGAAGCGAACAACUUCACUGUCAGGGAGGAAGAAUUCUCGGGAUAGUUCCAGGUCACCUUCCAAGAUACGUGGUCCAUAUUCCGGGGAUGCCAUUCCUUACAGGAACGCCCAUCGACGAUCAACAUCAGAGACUCAGUUGUCCACGAUCUUGAGAUCCACCUCGCAGCGUCUGAAAGCAUCUCAGCGACAGUCUCUGACUCGGACUACCAGUUCACUCGGUCAAUUUCCUGGACUGCCUCCUUCUGAACGGCUCCCCACGCCGCCAAGAAAGGCCAACGAGAGCCGAGAAGGACUAAUCAAUCAUGACCCUAUUCAUUCUUUUGGGAGCUCUCUAUAUGAUGCGUACGCUGCCCGAACACCAAGUCCUUCGAAGAAACGUCAGAGAACUUCCAGCAAACGCUCCAUCGUCAGACCGAAAUCUCCUGCAGCGUCUGUUGAGUCUAGGGAUAGUCUAUGUGCAAGCGAUACGACGGAUCUAAUCAUACUUGCACCUCUCACUUCUCCUAGUAAAAGCCCUCGUGUAGUGCAGAAUCGGUCAGCGAAGAAAGCCUCCGCAGCCAAAGAUAUCUCGGGAGGUGAUAGCAGCAAGAUUUUCUUACCGCCGCCCCGCACAUCAUUGACGGGUGAUCCAUUCUACUCGCCAGUCAGAAGCUGUAAGCCGCUGAUGUCCAGUCCUCAAGUCCAAGGACCUCGGCCUAUGUAUAUUCGCAAAGCAACUUUCGGCCAGGAAGCCACAGCGGAAAGGCCAGCAAGCUAUGUUUCUCCUCUUCGAGACGUUACUGGAAACGCCCAGUCUUCGCCAAAGAGAGAACUUCCUGAGAUACCUCUCACUUCUGAACCAAAUCUCUUCCAAUCGUGUCCACAAGAGGCCAUGCAGACUUCCAUGAAAGUAUCCAGUGCAAGAAAGAAGGGCCAUAAGCGGUCAAAUGUCAUACGAAUGUCCAUCUCUCGCCCAACAAGCACGGUUGAGAUUGUACCAGAGGAACCAGAAACAAUUACACCUCUGAAAUUCAGCAUUCCCAAAGUAACCUCAUUCCUCAGUAUGGAGUCCGCUCAAUCUGUGAGUCCAACCAAGUCUACCAAAGCAAGUCCGAGGCCUCCAAGCAUUGCGACAUUCAAUCCAACCCUCAUCAGAUCGCCCCUGUCAAGCCGCUCAGAAAACCAUUCUCCAACACUGGCAGCAGAGAGAACUACCUACUCGCCCACGCUGUCAGUGACCAACUACUAUACAGAGAAUGACCAUGGGUCCGAGGAGGAAUUUUUCAAAUCCAAGACCACAAAACCUCUACAGCAUUCUUCUAGUGAGAUCAAAUCCCGCCGUCACAGCCGAAACAACUCAGAUGUCUUCGCAAACAAUCAGUCGCAGCAAUACCCGCGAGAGAGUCUCCUAUCAUUCCCUUCGCUGCCGGCAAUUUCACCGCUGUCGACGCCGCCUCCUGCACUUCGCCCACUACCAAGCAUUUCAACUACACCGAGCGGCUUGCGCUCCAAUGUCGCGGCCCCAGCAUUACCAGUCCUCACCAUCCCAGGCAACGUCACAGAUGGUCCUUCGGAGCCAGACAAACGCACCAGUGCCACACUGAUUCCUCCCGUUGGUGACUCGAUACUAAGUUCCAUCACUUUCUUACGGCGCAUGAACAGCGAAAUAUCAACAAACCGUUCUUCGCCGACCCUAAUGGAUUCUCCUACCUUGCCGCAGGACCCAUCUUCCAAGGAUUCACAAUUCAACACCACGACCAACUCCGAAAAACGCGGUCGUAGCCGUGGUUCCCACCUCUACCUCAAUCUCGGUCAAUCGUCGUCUUUCUCGGGCGACGGACUUGCCUCAACGCGCCCUACUCGCUCCGAGAAACGAGAUAGCCAUCGGGCUCAGAAAGAUCGCCGGAGAAGAGCGACUCAAGACUUUGAGAAUAUCGACACACUCGAUGAGCUUUCCCCCGGAAAAGAGAAGUCUACUCCCGCUCGUGGUGAGGACAUGGCAGAAUCUGGUAGCAUUGCAGACAUGUCGUUGAGAUUCCCAACACUCAGCCGCGAAGGCAGUGUUAUGCACACACAACCUCGAAUGAUGAACGCCCGACUUUCGGCAUUCUCACUUGACCCCAUCGUCGACACUUCAUCAGUAGAAGUCAUCGACCACACGGAUUUCCUCCCCACUCCAACACCAAGUCCAAGCCCAACGAUCAAUGCGGCUCGCACUGCAGUCCGGCAUAGUAUCGACCCUCGCAACGACGGGAUUCGCCUCUCGCCACCACGCGCUGAUCUUGACCUUGACUUCCAAUCUCCAUCUCAGCAGCAGUCUGAAUCUCAAACUAAAGAUAGCAAUGGUCCUAGCACACCAGGACAGAGACAGGGACAAGGACAACAAGGACAAGUCCCCACCCCACAAUCCAACCCACCCCGCUGGUCCGACGCCAUGAUAAAACCAACCACGCACGUCACCCGCCGCGAAAGUAAGAUGGAACAUCCCAUCCCAUCACCGGGGAUCACCACGCCGCCUAAUUGGACCAAUAGUGGUGCACGGUUGAGUGGGUUGGGACUUGCGGGCGUGAGGUUGAUGGAAAGUGAGGAGGGGAGGAUUGUAUGGGGUGUUGGUGGUGCCGGGGAGGGCAAGAGCGCUGGGGAGGAUGGGGUAGUGGGAGGAGAUGUGCAGGUGGGUUUGGAGCUGUAUGAUCAGGAUGGGUUUUUGAAGAGUAGUCCUGAUAGGUUGAGGGAGAGGGAGAGGUUGCGUGCGGCGAGGGGGGCGGUGGUGGGUGAUGGUGUGCAGGCAUAGAUGGAGAGUGCAGGUUGAUGGGGUGAUAUGGUGUGGUGAGAUGAGGGGAGAUGGAUUUCAGUGUCCCUGGACCGGCUUUACUUUUCCUUUUCCAUUCUCAUUCCUUUUGUUUAAUCUUACUUUGGUGGGGAUGUGGAGACUUGAGACUUCAGACUUCAGACUUCAGACUUCAGACUUGGAUAUAAUCUUCUUCUUCUUCAUCUUCAGGGGGCUCUACGCUCUUCAACUUGGCAAGUAUAGGUAGGAUAUGGGAGGCCAUACAGGGGCAAUUUCUGAACCGAACCGAUAGGGGUUUCUAUUUAAUUAAUUUUCACAUCUAGAUCUACUUUUACAUUUACUUUAAAACCUUUCACAUCUGGAAUCUCAGCUUAAUUGAACUGAUUCAUGCUAAUAUCACUC